GAAGGGCAAGAGCGUGUUUGCUCUGGUCAAAGCCUUGUAUCGAUCCAUAGUUGUGGAAUUCAAGUGGAACUUUAAGCUUUUCAGCUGACCGACAAACUGUGGACUCGAUAACAACAAGAAGCAUCCAGAGGAAUGAGAGAAACGAGAGAAGGAGGCAACUCUGCGGAGGAGGGAAAGAAUUGCUAAUUUUAUUUCGCUGCUGCUGGCUUCUUAAUAGUUCAGAUUAUACUUGUUUUUACCAAACCGUACAGCCAUGGAUUUGGCCGAUUCCUGAGCAGAGAGGAUGACAUCGGAGGCUGCGGUCUCCACACCUCCCACCACGAGCAGCACCCCUUCCAAGGGGUACUACUACUGGCUCCGCUCCUUUGUGGCUGGAGGUGUAGCAGGAUGCUGUGCCAAGACUACCAUCGCGCCUCUGGACAGGGUCAAGAUUCUUCUUCAAGCCCAGAGCCCCCAUUAUAAACAUCUGGGAGUAUUUUCCACUCUCAGAGCUGUGCCAAAAAAAGAAGGCAUCCUUGGCUUGUACAAGGGAAAUGGAGCUAUGAUGGUCAGGAUCUUUCCUUAUGGAGCCAUUCAGUUCAUGGCCUUUGACAAAUAUAAAAAGCUGCUAAGUAAACAGAUCGGCAUCUCCGGACACAUCCACCGCCUCAUGGCAGGAUCUAUGGCAGGGAUGACUGCAGUGAUAUGCACUUACCCUCUGGAUGUAGUCCGAGCCAGGCUGGCCUUCCAGGUGAAGGGAGAUCAUCGCUACACUGGAAUUGUUAAUGCUUUCUGCACCAUUUACCUUAAGGAGGGAGGCAUCUUGGGCUUCUACAGGGGACUUACUCCAACACUUAUUGGAAUGGCCCCUUAUGCAGGUCUCUCGUUCUUCACCUUCGGGACCCUGAAAAGCCUAGGCUUGAAACACUUCCCAGAGCUGCUGGGACGCCCUUCCUCAGACAACCCUAAUGUGCUCAUUUUGAAAACCCAUGUCAACCUUCUUUGUGGAGGGGUUGCGGGUGCUAUCGCUCAGACAGCAUCGUACCCCUUGGAUGUGGCUAGGAGAAGAAUGCAGUUGGGUGCUGUGCUUCCAGAUUCAGAGAAAUGUGUGUCACUGAGCAAGACGCUGAAGUACGUAUAUAAUACGUUUGGGAUCAAGAAAGGAUUGUACCGAGGCCUUUCUCUCAACUACAUCCGCUGUGUCCCCUCCCAGGCUGUGGCCUUUACCACCUAUGAGUUCAUGAAGCAGGUCCUCCACCUGAACUAGACUGUUUUUGUACCUUUCGAGCUGCACCUGGGCCUGUGUGCUCCUAGUCACUGAGCAGAGCGACUUCAGUGCUUCCUUCGUCUGAGGGUCACUCACUAUGUCUUAAACUCCUAAAUGUGGGAGCUGCCUUUUCCUUGAGUUCACUGAAGGAGGAAACCGUGUAUCAACUGAAAAAGUGAAAUGUUUUGCAUUGGUGAUUCACCACUUCAUAAAAGAUUUUUUUGCAUUCUUUUAUGCUUUAUCAACAGGUGCAGUCUGCAGCACAAUAACCCAGAUUUUUUUUUUUUUCCCUCAUCAUUUAUAGCACACAGUGAGCAUAGAUGUCCACAUGCAGUUAUAUCGUCCUAUUUUCUAACUUGGCAAAGAAAUUAGAAGUUAAAGAAAUUUUUAGUUGCAUCAAAGGAUCAAACUAGCUCUUCAAAAACUAUAUUUUUAUUUUUUUGUACAAAAAAUACAUUAAUAUGUUUAUUAUUUAUCAUAUCUUCAU